AUGGUGGCCGACGAGAAUAGUAAUUCGGAUAAGCUGAAGAGAAUCUGUAAAUAUUGCAAGAAAAAUGUAUCCAAAGGAAUGAAUUGUGCAAAGUGUGAGUCAUCCUAUCAUAACAGUUGUGCCCAGCGAGUAAAAAAUUGUUGUGAUCAAGAAAUUCUUGAAAAUAUAGUGGAAAUUAGUGAUGAUGUGGUGCUAACCUUGGAUAAAUCGGACCAUAAACAAUCAGAUACUGAGGAAAUCAAAUUGUUGAGACAACUGAUCGUGAGCAAAGAUGUUAUUAUUAGUGACAAGCAAUGCAUAAUAGAUCUUUUGCAUGAGAAAAUAUCAUUUUUAGAACAAAAAUUAUCAUCUAAUCAUCAUUUAAAAACGCAAUAUCCAACAACAUCAAAUAACCAAGGUCGUCAAGUUUCACAGCAAGUGCACACCACAAAAAAGGACCCUCCAGAAAAACAUCAGAUAAGCAAUAAUCCUCACUUUAAUUAUAACAAAAAAUCACCAAAUAAGCUAUCGACUCAAGACACUAAAAAUGAAUCAUCAAAAGGUGUUUCCAAUAUACAGGGUGAGCCAGUUAUCGGAAACAAACAAGCCAGUUUGGAAAUAAUGAAGGUACAAACCGAAAGGAUAUGUGAUGAGUAUAUUAAUUUGGCCGAUGACAACAUGAAAUCACCUGAACAGCCAUGGCAGACAGUAACAUACAAGAAAGACGCUAAACAUACAAUUAUACCCUCCUCAUCUAGGACCUAUGGUCGAGGACAACCAAGCAAGUUGAUGGUAGUAGCACCUACAAGAAACUGGAUAUGGAUUGGUGGCUUGAACGAAUGUACAACAGUUGACAAUGUUAAAGAGUAUACUAAGGAAAAAUUCGUAGAUAAAGAUGUAUGCUGUUUUGAUCUUAAAUCUAAGUUUCGAAAGAAAUGUUUCAAAAUUGGAAGCACAGAUUUGUCCAUGGACGAACUGUUAGAUCCGGAUAACUGGCCUGAUAAAUUAUUCAUUCGUCCCUUUCAUCACCAGUCAUCAUGA